AUGGAAAACUCUCAGCACGCAAAGGAGGAUUUGGCGGCAACCAACCGCAGAUUCUGGAAUGACCACGGGCGCGAGUUGUUCAAGCAGCAGUGGGUACUCGACAUGUCCAAGAAAAUCGGCGAUGCCCUCUCCAACAGCGUUCAGUGGAUGGGUGCCCGAAGUCGGUCAGAGGGCGGCCCUCCUGUGAAGCUUCUAGACUAUGCGUGCGGCCCUGGCAUAGUGUCCUGCACUCUCCUGGACCAAUUCGACAUUAUAAGGGGUAUAGACAUCUCCGAAACUAGUGUUGCAUCCUACAACGAGAUGGCUCAGCAGUCGGGUAUCCCAGUUGAGCAAAUGCAUGCUGUUCAGGGCUCUAUCCCACCGCCAUUAGAAAAUACGCUGCUCGCCACAGAGGACUUUUUCAAUUUCGACUUGGUAGUAAUCAGCAUGGCCCUUCAUCAUAUUGAGGAUCAAGCGGGUGUUCUCUCCGGUCUCUAUGAGCGCCUCCGAAGUGGCGGUGUCUUGGUUGUCAUAGAUCUGGCUCCGGACGCUCACUCCCAUCAUCACGUUCAGGCAGGUGAAUGCGGCGAUCACGACGACUAUCACGCCCAACAUAAAGCCAGGGUUCAGCACACAAUUUCUAACCACCACGGAUAUGGAGUUGAAGAUAUGAAGGACCUUCUGUCCAAAGCUGGGUUCGUUCCAGAAAGCUUUGACUACCAGCUAUAUCCCACGUUACCGCAUGCAUCCAAUGUCUCUGAGCAUGAUUUUGGCAAGAAAUUUAGCAUGAAGCCAUUUUUCAUCGCCAAAGGUGCAAAAGAAUAG